AGCGGACAAGUGCGGACAAAAUCCAACUGGCAACUAGACGCCGCGAUUUUCAAUUGGGGGACUUUGACAUAUCAUGGAAUUAUACGAGGAAUCCCGGCCGGAGCAGUUCUGCCGCUGACCCCUAUCGCCAGCGCUGUUUUCCCGACACGGUCUCCUUCUGAAGAAGGCACGCCACAAAGUGGAGCAAAAUGUCGGACAAGAUGUCCAGUUUCCUCCACAUCGGGGACAUCUGCUCCCUGUAUGCGGAGGGCUCCACCAAUGGAUUUAUCAGCACAUUGGGUCUGGUGGACGACCGCUGUGUGGUGCAACCAGAAUCUGGAGACCUGAACAACCCUCCUAAGAAGUUUCGAGAUUGUCAGUUCAGGUUAUGUCCCAUGAACAGAUACUCAGCCCAGAAACAGUUCUGGAAAGCAGCAAAGCCUGGUGGAAACAGCACCACAGACACUGUGCUGCUCAACAAACUACACCAUGCUGCAGAUCUGGAGAAGAAGCAGAAUGAAUCGGAGAACCGUAAGCUGCUGGGAACAGUGAUCCAGUAUGGAAAUGUUAUUCAGCUGCUGCAUUUAAAAAGCAAUAAGUACCUGACGGUGAAUAAACGUCUACCCGCUCUGCUGGAGAAGAACGCCAUGCGUGUGACGCUGGACUCGGCUGGAAAUGAAGGAUCCUGGUUUUACAUCCAGCCCUUCUACAAGCUGCGCUCCAUUGGAGACAGUGUUGUGAUUGGGGACAAAGUAGUUUUGAAUCCAGUAAACGCAGGGCAGCCUCUCCACGCCAGCAGCCAUCAGCUGGUGGACAAUCCUGGCUGCAAUGAGGUGAACUCGGUGAACUGCAACACGAGCUGGAAGAUUGUUUUAUUUAUGAAGUGGAGCGACAACAAGGAGACCAUUCUUAAAGGGGGUGAUGUCGUUCGGCUGUUUCACGCGGAGCAGGAGAAGUUUCUGACCUGCGAUGAGCACCGGAAGAAGCAGCACGUGUUUUUGAGAACAACAGGCCGUCAGUCCGCCACCUCUGCCACCAGCAGUAAAGCAUUGUGGGAAGUGGAGGUGGUCCAGCAUGACCCGUGUCGUGGCGGCGCCGGUUACUGGAACAGUCUGUUUAGGUUUAAGCAUUUGGCCACAGGACAUUAUCUGGCUGCAGAGGUCAAUCCUGACUAUGAGGAAGAGUCGCAGGAAUCCCGUUCAUCUGUGGCAGAUUUUUCACCCUUUAACUUCCAGCUGGACUCUGAACAUGAGGCUCUGCGAGCUCGUCUGCGCGCGCCCAAUGAGAAGGUCAUGUACACACUGGUGUCUGUGCCUGAUGGCAAUGACAUCUCCUCUAUAUUUGAGCUGGACCCCACCACACUCAGAGGAGGAGACUCACUCGUGCCCAGGAACUCAUAUGUGAGAUUGAGGCACUUGUGCACCAACACAUGGGUCCACAGCACCAACAACCCCAUUGACAAAGAGGAGGAGAAGCCGGUUAUGCUGCGUAUUGGGACGUCGUCCGUCAAAGAAGAUAAAGAGGCCUUCGCCAUUGUGCCAGUUCCUCCUGCAGAGGUGAGGGAUCUGGACUUUGCUAAUGAUGCCAGUAAAGUGUUGGCAUCCAUUGCUGGCAAGCUGGAGAAGGGCACAAUCACCCAGAAUGAAAGAAGGUUUGUCACUAAGCUGUUGGAGGAUCUCGUGUUUUUUGUAGUGGACAUUCCCAACAAUGGACAGGAUGUGUUGGAGAUCAUGGUCAAUAAACCCAAUCGUGAACGGCAGAAAGUCAUGAGAGAGCAGAACAUCUUGAAACAAAUCUUCAAGCUGCUGCAGGCUCCAUUUACAGACAGUGGUGACGGUCCAAUGCUGCGUCUGGAGGAGCUGAAUGACCAGAGACAUGCUCCCUUCAGGCACAUCUGCCGGCUCUGCUACCGUGUCCUGCGACACUCACAGCAUGACUACAGGAAGAACCAGGAAUACAUCGCCAAGCAGUUCCGCUUCAUGCAGAAACAGAUCGGCUACGAUGUGUUGGCCGAGGACACAAUAACAGCCCUCCUCCACAACAACCGCAAACUCUUGGAGAAGCACAUCACGGCGGCAGAAAUCGACACAUUUGUCAGCCUUGUGAGGAAAAACCGUGAACCGAGGUUUCUGGACUACCUCUCAGAUCUGUGCGUAUCUAUGAAUAAGUCCAUCCCAGUGACUCAGGAACUGAUCUGCAAUGCUGUUUUAAACCCCGCCAAUGCUGACAUCCUUAUAGAGACUAAGCUGGUGUUGUCCCGGUUCGAGGUGGAGUCUGGAGAGGGUCCUAUAGAGUCGGAAGUGGACGAGGAGGAGGUCUGGUUGUUUUGGAAGAACAGCAAUAAGGAGGUGAAGAGUAAGAGCAUCAGAGAGUUGGCACAAGAUGCCAAAGAAGGCCAGAAAGACGACCAGGAUGUUAUUAGCUACUACAGAUAUCAGCUGAAUCUGUUUGCUCGGAUGUGUUUGGACCGCCAGUAUUUGGCCAUUGAGAAGAUCUCGGGCCAGCUGGAUGUGGACCUGAUCCUGCGCUGCAUGUCAGAUGAAGACCUGCCCUAUGACCUCCGGGCCUCCUUCUGUAGACUGAUGCUUCACAUGCAUGUGGACCGAGACCCACAGGAGCAGGUCAUGCCUGUCAAAUACGCCCGGCUGUGGUCCGAGAUUCCCUCCAAAAUCGCCAUCGAUGAUUAUGACAAUGAUGGAACCAGCAGAGACGAGAUAAAGGAGCGUUUUGCGCUAACAAUGGAUUUUGUGGAGAACUACCUCAGAGAUGUGGUCCUUCAAAACGUUCCUUUCUCCGAUAAAGAGAAAAACAAGCUCACUUUUGAGGUUGUGAAUUUAGCAAGAAACCUCAUUUACUUCGGCUUUUACAACUUCAGCGACUUGUUGCGUUUGACGAAGAUCCUCUUGGCCAUUUUGGACUGCGUUCAUGUCAGCACCAUUUAUCCCAUCAACAAAAUGGAAAAGGGAGAUGAGUCCAAAAGUAGUAAUGUAAUGAAGUCCAUCCAUGGUGUUGGUGAGCUGAUGACCCAGGUGGUGUUGAGAGGAGGCGGAUUCUUACCCACAACCCCCACGACACCUCCAGAUGGAGAUGUAGUAAAGACCCAGACAGAACCAGAGAAGGAAGACAUUCUAGUGAUGGAUACCAAGCUUAAAAUCAUAGAGAUCCUACAGUUCAUUCUGAAUGUACGGCUGGACUACAGGAUCUCCUGCUUGCUGUGCAUCUUCAAACGAGAGUUUGACGAAAGCAACACCCAAACGGACGCAGCGCCUGCUUCAAAUGCAGACGGCCCCAACAGUAUCCCAAAUAUCCCAGCUCUGGACUUUGAGAAUAUUGAAGAGCAAGCAGAAGGAAUCUUUGGUGGAAGUGAGGAGAACACACCUCUGGAUCUUGAUGACCACGGUGGCAGAACGUUUCUGAGGGUUUUGCUUCAUCUCACUAUGCACGACUAUCCACCGCUUGUGUCCGGAGCGCUUCAUCUGCUUUUCAGACACUUCAGCCAGAGACAAGAAGUGCUCAUGGCUUUCAAACAGGUUCAGCUUUUAGUGACCAGUCAAGAUGUCGACAAUUACAAGCAGAUCAAAUCAGACCUUGACCAGUUGCGAUCUAACGUGGAGAAGUCUGAGCUCUGGGUUUAUAAGCGUCAGGGUGAUGAAGGCAUGGAUGGAGGAGACGGACUUCCUGCAGAGUCUGACAACAAAAGAAGGGACUCUGGCUCAGACAAAAAAAAGUCGGACGGAAAUGGCAGUGACAAUUACAGAGACGUGAAAGAGAUCCUCCUGCGUCUUAGUAAACUGUGUGUGCAGGAAGGGCCGUCAGGGAAGAAGAGUAAGAAACAGCAGCAGAGGCUCUUGAGGAACAUGGGAGCUCAUUCAGUGGUGCUGGAGCUGCUGCAGAUCCCAUAUGAGAAGGGUGAGGACGUCCGAAUGCAAGAGAUCAUGAAACUGGCUCAUGAGUUUCUCCAGAACUUCUGCGCAGGGAACCAGCAGAACCAGGCUCUGCUCCACAAACACAUCAACCUGUUCCUCAACCCAGGGAUCCUGGAGGCCAUCACCAUGCAGCACAUAUUCAUGAACAACUUCCAGCUGUGCAGUGAGAUGAAUGAGCGCGUCGUGCAGCACUUUGUUCACUGCAUCGAGACCCAUGGCCGACACGUCCAGUACCUGAAGUUCCUGCAGACCAUCGUCAAGGCAGAGAACAAAUUCAUCAAGAAGUGCCAGGACAUUGUGAUGGCCGAGCUGGUGAACUCGGGCGAGGAUGUGUUGGUGUUUUAUAAUGACCGGGCCUCCUUCCAGACACUGGUCCAGAUGAUGCGUUCGGAGCGCGACCGGAUGGAUGAAAACAGCCCUCUCAUGUACCACAUCCAUCUGGUGGAGCUGCUGGCUGUCUGCACCGAGGGCAAAAACGUCUACACUGAGAUCAAGUGCAACUCUUUGCUGCCGCUGGAUGAUAUUGUCCGUGUGGUCACACAUAAAGACUGCAUCCCUGAGGUCAAAAUCGCGUACAUCAACUUCCUAAACCAUUGCUACGUGGACACAGAGGUGGAAAUGAAGGAGAUUUACACCAGCAAUCACAUGUGGAAGCUCUUUGAAAACUUUCUGGUCGACAUAUGCCGGGUCUGCAACAAUACAAGUGACCGCAAACAUGCUGACACGACACUAGAAAGCUACGUGACUGAAACCGUGAUGAGUAUUGUGACAACAUUUUUCAGCUCCCCUUUCUCCGACCAGAGCACUAGUUUACAGACCCGGCAGCCUGUGUUUGUGCAGCUCCUGCAGGGGGUUUUCAGAGUUUACCACUGUAGCUGGCUCCUUCCUAGCCAGAAGGGCUCAGUGGAGAGCUGUAUUAAAGUUCUGUCUGAUGUGGCCAAGAGCAGAGCUAUCGCCAUCCCGGUGGAUUUGGACAGCCAAGUCAACAACCUGUUUGUGAAGUCCAAUAAUGUGGUGCAGAAAACCAUCCUCAAUUGGAGAUUGUCCGCUCGCAAUGCAUCCAGAAGAGACUCAACGCUCACAGCGUCCAAAGAUUACAGGAACAUCAUUGAGAGGCUGCAGGAUAUCGUGUCUGCUCUGGAGGAUCGCCUGCGGCCGCUGGUUCAGGCUGAACUCUCUGUGUUGGUGGAUGUUCUUCAUCGGCCGGAGCUGCUCUUCCCUGAAAACACAGAUGCCCGGAGGAAAUGCGAGAGUGGAGGAUUUAUCUCAAAAUUAAUUAAACACACUAAGCAGCUUUUAGAGGAAAAUGAGGAGCGCUUGUGUAUAAAAGUCCUGCAAACACUUCGAGAAAUGAUGACUAAAGACAGAGGCUAUGGGGAUAAGCUAAUUGCCUUUGAUGAUGAGCUGGAUGUGGCUGAGCUUGCACCCCCACCUGAACCAGAGGUCCCAGCAGAGGAGUUUGAUCCAAACCAGCCUCAGAAGCAACUGGAGGAUCAGAGAAGGAGUGAGGCUUUGAGGCAGGUCCUGGUUAACCGUUACUAUGGCAACUUCAAACCGGGCGGCAGACGAGACAGUUUGACGAAUUUCAGCAACGGGCCGCUCACCCCUGUUGGACAGACCAAGACUCCUGCAGGGGGUGGUGGUGGUGGUGGUGGUGGUGGUGGUGGUGGUGGUUCAGCAGGGAGUCGAGGAGAGCUGAGUCUGGCUGAAGUGCAGUGUCACCUGGACAGAGAAGGAGCUUCUGACCUGGUCAUUGACCUCAUCAUGAAUGCCACCAGUGACCGGAUCUUCCAGGAAAGCAUCUUGCUGGCCAUCGCUCUGCUGGAGGGAGGAAACCCUGUCAUACAGCGUUCGUUCUUCUGCCGUUUGACGGGUGAUAAUAAGUCAGAGAAGUUCUUCAAGGUGUUUUACGAGCGGAUGAAACUCGCCCAGCAGGAGAUCAAGGCCACGGUGACGGUGAACACCAGCGAUCUGGGCAGCAAACGCAAAGAUGAGGACACCAAUGAUAAGGAUGUACAAUCACGAAAGAAAGUCAAAGAUGUGGCUGUUAUAACCGAAGAAGUGCGAGAGCAGCUUCUUGAAGCCUCAACGGUCACUAAGAAGGCCUUCAGCACUUACAGAAGAGAAGCGGAUGCAGACGAGCAUCUGAAUGCGACGGAGGGACCGAGCAGCACAGCCGAGAAGAACCAGGACGAGAACGAAAUGAGCGUCAUCAUCACCAUUAUGCAGCCAAUUCUGCGCCUCAUGCAGCUGCUCUGCGAAAACCACAACCGAGAGCUGCAGAACUUCCUUCGCUGUCAGAACAACAAAAACAACUACAACCUGGUGUGCGAGACGCUGCAGUUCCUGGAUUGUAUAUGUGGCAGCACUACAGGAGGCCUGGGGCUGCUGGGACUCUAUAUUAAUGAGAAGAACGUCGCUCUCAUAAACCAGACUGUGGAGAGUCUUACUGAAUACUGCCAGGGCCCUUGCCAUGAAAACCAGAACUGCAUUGCCACACAUGAAUGUAACGGCAUCGACAUCAUCAUCGCCCUCAUCCUCAAUGACAUCAACCCACUCGGCAAGAAGAGGAUGGACUUGGUGCUGGAGCUAAAGAAUAAUGCUUCAAAACUCCUGCUGGCCAUUAUGGAAAGCCGCCACGACAGUGAGAAUGCAGAGAGGAUUUUAUACAACAUGAGACCUAAAGAACUGGUGGAGGUGAUCAAGAAGGCCUACAUGCAGGGAGAAAUCGAGGUUGAGCACACCGAUGACGGAGAGAACGGUGAAGAAGAGCAUUCCGCUUCUCCUCGUAAUGUGGGUCACAACAUCUAUAUCCUGGCGCAUCAGCUAGCCAGACACAACAAGGAACUCCAGGCCAUGCUAAAGCCAGGAGGGACGUAUGGGGAGGGAGAUGAAGCUUUGGAGUUCUACGCCAAACACACAGCUCAAAUUGAGAUUGUCCGCCUAGAUCGCACAAUGGAACAGAUUGUAUUUCCCGUCCCCAACAUAUGCGAAUUCCUAACCCAGGAGUCCAAGCUCCGCGUCUAUUACACCACAGAACGCGACGAGCAGGGCAGCAAGAUCAACGACUUCUUCUUGCGCUCUGAAGACCUUUUCAAUGAGAUGAACUGGCAGAAGAAGCUGCGAGGUACUCAAGAGGCCACUGGUAACGCAAACUCCGUGCCUUCUCAGCCCAUCCUGUACUGGUGUUCCCGUAACAUGUCCUUUUGGAGCAGCAUCUCCUUUAACCUCGCCGUCCUCAUGAACCUCUUGGUAGCAUUCUUCUAUCCACUGGAAGGUGGAGGUGUCCGUGGAGGCACUCUGGAGCCGCAUCUCUCCGCUCUCCUCUGGGCGGCCAUGCUGGUUUCUCUGGCUAUAGUGAUUGUACUGCCCCAGCCGCACGGCAUUCGGGCCCUCAUCGCCUCCACCAUCUUACGCCUCAUCUUUUCGGUCGGCCUGGAGCCCACCCUCUUCCUGCUUGGGGCUUUUAAUGUGUGCAAUAAAGUGAUCUUCCUAAUGAGUUUUGUGGGCAAUCGUGGCACGUUCACGAGAGGAUACAAGGCCAUGAUCAUGGACGUGGAGUUCCUGUAUCAUCUGCUGUACCUCAUCAUAUGCAGCCUCGGGGUCUUCGUUCACGUCUUCUUCUAUAGUUUACUUCUCUUCGACCUGAUCUACCGGGAGGAGACGCUGUUGAACGUCAUCAAGAGCGUGACCAGGAACGGCCGCUCCAUCGUGUUGACCGCGGUUCUGGCUCUCAUCCUGGUCUACCUCUUCUCCAUCGUCGGAUACAUCAUCUUCAAGGACGACUUCAUCCUGACCGUGGACAGGAUAUCCAAUAAAACACUCGAGCAAUCGGCCAGUAAGAUGGGAGAGUUCCUGGCUGGAGCGGUGUGUCGAAAAGAGGAGAACUGUUCCACUGAGACCAUGAUGGACGCUGUAGGAGUUCAGUCGUCUGCAUUGGUGAUUGAGGAUAAAGAGAGGACCUGCGACUCUCUGCUCAUGUGUAUCGUCACUGUGUUGAGCCACGGCCUGCGGAGUGGUGGAGGAGUCGGGGAUGUGCUGCGAAAACCCUCCAAAGAGGAGCCUCUUUUUGCGGCUCGCGUCAUCUACGAUCUGCUUUUCUUCUUCAUGGUCAUCAUCAUCGUCCUCAACCUCAUCUUUGGGGUCAUUAUCGAUACCUUCGCAGACCUCAGAAGCGAAAAGCAGAAGAAAGAGGAGGUUCUGAAAACCACCUGCUUUAUUUGUGGUUUGGAGAGGGACAAGUUUGACAACAAAACCGUGACGUUUGAGGAACACAUUAAGGUGGAGCACAACAUGUGGCAUUAUCUGUUCUUCAUCGUGCUGGUUAAAGUCAAAGACUCCACUGAAUUCACUGGGCCUGAGAGUUAUGUGGCUGAAAUGAUCCGGGAGCACAAUCUGGACUGGUUUCCUCGAAUGCGCGCCAUGUCUCUGGUAAGCAGCGAUGCAGAGGGCGAACAGAACGAGAUCAGGAAUCUGCAAGAGAAGCUGGAGUCCACCAUGAAACUGAUCUCCAACCUGUCAAGCCAACUCACAGAACUGAAAGAACAGAUGACGGAGCAGAGGAAACAGAAGCAGAGGAUCGGCUUACUGGGACACCCUCAACACAUGAACGUGAACCCGCAGCAGCCCGCCUGAACUCCAUCCCAUCCCCGCAACAACCCUCUCUCAGUAUGUGCCAAAACAAGACUCUCUCGCCCCCUUCACAUCCAUCACAGUGCCAAACGAGAGCAAGUGAAUGUGCACGAAUGACGGAGCCUCACUAAACACUGCUCAGACACUCAUGGUUUUGUAUUGACCCAUAGCAGUCAGUAUUUGAUGUCUUAUUUUUGUAUUUUGUGCAAUAUUAACACUUUAAUAUGCAACUACAUCUGUACAUUAUGUCUUAAAGGGAAGAUUGUUUCUUUUGCUUCACGGUAAACACAUUAGAGGUCAGGAAUAUACAGUCUGUGUAUAUGUAUAUUGGGGAAAAUUAGGCCUUUUUCAUAUUUAAGCACAUUAAUUUAUAUUGACGUAUAUAUAAAAAUGAAAUGCUUGGAGGAGAUUAUGCGUACGCUGCCAACUUUAGAGUUCUUUAAUGGUCAUGAAUAAAAUCAGGUUCUGUUUGGUACUUAGGCGCGCUUUAUUAUGGCUUUUCAUUUUUCCGCUGUCUGAAUUAUGACCUUUAGAGUCAUAUACUGAGUAAUAAUAGAUGAGCUGUUUAGAGACGGUAAGGUUUUUGUCUUCAAAUUAAUGCACAAAAAUAUCAUUCCUGUUAUGAUAGAGCCAUGUUGAUUGAUCGUGCCUGUUGUAUGUUCCUGCAGGGGGAAUAUUCGCUGACAAAAGCAAUCUUUGUCCAGUCGUUUUUCUAGAGAGUUUCAUCUUUUAGCUGAGCAAAGCAGGUCACUUUCUCAAUGCUAGCAAGGUUUCUGCUUUUCUUUUCUUUUUUCUUCCUUUCUUUUCUUGUAAUACAUGUAUAUAUGUUUGCAAAUCUUAGCUUUUAUAUAGAAAUAUGUACUGUUUCAUAGCAUCUUAAUAACUAAACUGCACUGUUACUGAAAAAUAAGCCUGAUCAUACUGAUUUAGUGGAUGAAUAUAUUUAAAAUCGAGUGAGAUUGUACAUUAAUUUAGUGAUAUUUAAUAAAAUAUGUUCUUCUUGUUCAGAGGACCAGAACUGAAAUACAGUUUUUUGUUUUUA